AUUCCCACCGUUUUUCUUCCAUUCCACUCUCUCUCUCUCUCUACAAAUAUAUCUAUAUUUAUGCUAAUAAUUUAAGAAGUACUGCAUAUAAUUCAUUAUAUUAUUGGUGUUAGGAGAAUAAUAUAUAUUUAAGUGUCAACUACGAUUGAGUGAAUACUCGAUGAAUACAUCCCAGUUUAUGGACAAACAGAUCAUGGAUCUAUCCAAUUCGCAGAGCCUCAAUUCUCAUAAUGACUUCAUCGAUCUGAUUAACCCUCGCGAGGAUCACCGCAUCGGGAAUUCCGACAAGAAAGAGGAGAUCCUUCCCAGCUAUGAUUUCCAGCCGCUUCGCCCCAUCGGGACCGAAAUCGAUUCCGGCAAUCUUGAUGCGCCGCCUAGGGCUUGGAAUUCAGCCGACAACAAGACUCAUACGGGUGGAAUCAGGACUUACAGUUCUUUUGACUCCUUCGAACCUGGAAGAGUCAUUUUGGAGAAGGAUCAAAAUGUUGUUGACCCCAAGUUGGUGUCUGAGAUUGAUCGUACCAUGAAGAAGUAUGCCGAUAAUCUGAUGAAUGGAUUGGACAGUGUUAGUGCACGAUUAACACAGUUGGAGUCCAGGACCCGUCACCUUGAAAAUUCUUUGGAUGAAUUGAAGGUCUCUGUCGGAACUAAUCAUGGGAGCUCUGAUGGGAGAAUGAGACAGUUGGAAAAUAUUCUUAGAGAGGUGCAAAAUGGUGUACAGUUUAUAAGGGAUAAGCAAGAAAAUUUGGAUGCUCAGCUGCAUCUUGCAAAGCUGCAAGUUUCAAAGGCUGAGCAGCAUGUGGAUACACAGGGCACCAGUCAUUUGGAUUCUUCACAACCUGCAUUAUCUGUUAGUCAACAAUCUCACCAGCACCUUCCUCCUGUUGCUCAAACACCGUCAGUUGUCCCUCCUAAUGCUCCUCCACCGGCCUCGCAACAAAAUCUACCACCUCAAGUCCAGCUGCCAAGCCAGUUCUCUCAAAAUCAACUUCCUUCUGUUCCUCAGCAGGAGCCUUAUUUUCCACCACCACCGCCACCAGCUGGUCAAACAUCAGAGAACUUGGGCCAGCAAUAUCAAUUGCCUCCACCACAGCAGCUGCAGGCUUCUUCGCCACCUCAGCUGCAGCAACAGUACCAAGCCCUCCCUCAACUUCAGUAUUCUCAGCCUCCUGCACCUCCUCAACCACACAACUCUCUCCAAGCUGCUAAUCCCCCCCAACACCAACCUGCAUUAGCCCAUCAUCCUGAAGAACCACCUUAUGUACCAUCUCAAAGUUAUUCUCCAGCUAACCGCCAAACUCCUUCCCUUCCACCUAGCGCAGCUCCUCCCCACCAGCAGUUCUAUGGAGCUCCCCCGCACAUGUAUGAGCCGCCAUCUAGCCGGCCUGGUCCAGGAUUUUCUGGGACAUACGGCCCAGCCUCUGUUUCUGGGGAACAAUAUUUGUAUGGCGGUUCAUCAUCCCAGUAUGGCAGUGGAUCACCUGCGAAAUCUCAGCAGCUUUCCUCUCCUGUCAUUGGCCAUGGUGGUGGAAGUGGUUAUCCACAGCUUCCUACCGCACGGAUUUUACCUCAAGCAAUACCAACUGCCUCUGGGGUCAGUGGUGGCUCUGGUUCUUCAGGUUCUGGAAACAGGGUUCCCGUUGAUGAUGUGGUUGACAAGGUGACAAAUAUGGGAUUUCCGAGAGAUCAGGUGCGAGCAACAGUCCGGAAAUUGACAGAGAAUGGGCAAUCCGUUGAUCUUAAUGUGGUGUUAGAUAAAUUAAUGAAUGAUGGGGAAGUCCAGCCUCCACGAGGCUGGUUUGGUCGGUAACUCAUCUUUUUCUGAUGUGUGUUCAUGUACAGAAGGUUGUUGGGGCAGCCAUUUGCUGAAAGAAAUAUCUGUUUGGAUCUCGGGGGGGCACUUUUGGUUACUGUUUCAUAAUUUUUGGGUACUAAUGAUGGCUGUGCAUCUCUUAGGCUGUUA